AUGUCGGCGACAGCGGUGACAGAAACGAAAGGGAGCAGCGGCGCUGGCAACAAGGCCGCCGCUGCUGGCGGCGACGCCAAGCCGUACAAGGGCAAGGAGCACAAGUGGGCCAUCACCAAGCCGCCAUUGUUCAACCACCGGCCCGGGGUGGCACUGCUGCAUACGCUGCUCAUCAUCUCGAGCACGGUGCUGUUCCACAAGUCGGAGUACGGCAAGCAGUUCUACACGUGGCUGAACGCAAACUACACGCCGUGGGAGAUUAACGUGUGGCUCACGACGGCGAUCACCACCGUCUGGUACUUUGGCUUUGGGCUCGUGUUCAUGGCGUUCGACCUCAUCCCGGCCCUCAACAAGCUCGUCCAGCCGUACCGUAUCCAGCCAACACCCCUCAUCCCACUCAAGGAGUACGCGUGGGUUAUUUGGAUCAACGCGCGUAACUGGGCCUUUGUCAACUUUCCCCUCUACGUCUUCCUCGCCUACUUCUUCCCCUUCAAGACCGACUACGAGUCGCUCCCCGGCUGGGGCAUGACCUUCUUCACGUUCAUCUUUGCGCUGCUGUGCGAGGAGAUUGGCUUCUUCUACAUCCACCGCUUCUUCCACGGCAAGGGAUGGUACGCGUCCGUGCACAAGCUCCACCACCAGUACACGGCGCCUGUGGCUCUGGCUGCCGAGUACUGCACCAUGGUCGAGCACCUCGUGUCCAACCUCUUCCCCCUCGUCAUCAGCUUUGUUCUUCUCAACUCGCACUGGUCCAUGUUCCUCAUGUUCUUCAACACGCUCCAGUUUGACACGCUCUGCAACCACUCAGAGUACAACAUCCCGUUCCUGUCCGACGCGCUCAUGCACGACUGGCACCACUACUCGUACACGGAGAACUAUGGCCCGACCGGCCUGCUCGACACCGUCUUUGGCCACAACUCGAAGUACAACGAGUGGCUGGGUGAGAUCCACCGCCGCGACAAGGAGGACCCCGACUGGCGCCUCAAGGCGCGCCGCGAGCUUGCCUCACGCGUCCCCGCCGUGCCCCUCGAGUAG